AUGACCGGGCCGUCGUCCUCUUCCUACCCCAGCCACCUCCCGCCGCCAGCCGCCGCGGAUUCGCCGGAAUUUGGAGAUGAAGCGGCCGACGUCGUCCAAACUUCAACGCCGUCGAUCUCCCUCCUCCGGCCACCAUUUCCGUCGACCCAUGUAUGGAUCUUGAACCUCUCGAGCUUCACUGUUUUGGGCACUGGUGAAGCCAAAGCCGUGUUGAACUAUGAGGAAGAUGUUGCUACCUACACAAUAAAAGCAGCAACAGAUCCAAGGGUUGCCAACCGUGUCAUCGUUUACAGGCCACAAGGAAACAUUGUGUCCCAGUUGGAUUUGAUUUCUUCUUGGGAGAAGAAGACAGGAUGCACUCUUACAAGGAGCUAUGUCUCAGAAGAAGAAAUACUCAAGCUCUCUGAGACCCUCCCUUCCCCGGACAACAUAGCGGUGUCAAUUCUGCACAACAUAUUCAUUAAAGGAGAUCAAAUGAGUUUUGAACUAACAGAAAAUGACCUAGAGGCCUCCGAGUUAUAUCCUGAUUACAAGUACACUUCCAUUGAUAGCUUCCUCGACAUUUGCCUGGUGGAUCCUCCCAAGCCAAAAUUAGCAGCAUUUGAAUGACUGGUUUCUUUUUGGAUAAAAUGGAAAACUACUAUCCUUAUUACUAUUUUAUACUUUCUUGUUUGUAUUUGUGAAUGUUGGCCACUAUCUACGUGCAAUAUGAUAAUGUGGUAGUUAUAU